GUACUCUGAAACCAUGAGUCUCUCUGCUAAAGACAAAGACACCGUCAAAGCCUUCUGGGCCACGGUCUCCCCAAAGGCUGGAGAAAUUGGUGCUGAAGCUCUGUACAGGAUGCUGACAGUUUACCCACAGACCAAGACCUAUUUCUCCCACUGGACUGACUUGAGCUUUGGCUCUGCCCAAGUGAAGAAGCACGGAAAGACUAUUAUGGCUAGUGUGGAUGGUGCUGUCAGCAAAAUUGAUGACCUGACCACUGGGUUGCUUAGCCUAAGCGAGCUGCACGCUUUCCAGCUACGUAUUGACCCGGCUAACUUCAAGAUCCUAGCCCACAACGUGCUCGUUGUUCUGGCUAUCAUGUUCCCCGCUGCCUUUACUCCUGAGGUGCACGUGUCUAUGGAUAAGUUUCUCAAUGCCUUGGCCCUGGCUCUCGCUGAGAAGUACAGAUAAGAAGAUCUGCAGGCAACAGAUGGACAUCGACAUGCAUCGGUCUUUCUCAGAUCCAGAAAAUGUCCUUUACUGAUCUAAAUAAAUGCCAAAAAUAUUUUUGGCCUGCUAUUGAAAUCAA